AAAACAAAAUGAUAUCUCGGUGCAGUGCGCGGUUUGCACUAUUAUACAGAGUACGAUACAAGUUGUUAUUGUUAAUAACAAACCAAUAAUAAUUAAAACUCAAUUUAAGUCCUAACAAAAUCAAACAUCUUUGAAAAAAAAAACAACAUGUUUCUGAUACUUCUGAGUAUAUUUUUGGUGUCGCUGGCGUUGCUGGCGUGCCAGCACGGGAAGCGCCGGCGGGACUAUUGGCGGCGGCGCGGAGUCCCGCAUCUCCCGCCACAUCCAAUCCUUGGCAGCCUCACCUUCUUGCAGCGAGAGAAUCCAUCAGUAUGGAUGCGGCGGAUGUACGACAAAUUCCGCAGUCCGUACGUGGGUAUCUGGUUGUUCUGGCGACCGGCUCUCAUCAUCAACUGCCCGGAUAUCGCUCGUAAUGUGCUGGUUAAAGACGCCAGUGUCUUCAAAGACAGGUUCCUCAGCUCGGGGAAGAGCGAUCCAAUUGGAGCUCUUAAUUUGUUCACAGUCAAAGAUCCCCUGUGGUCUUCGCUACGUCGCCGGCUAACAGUAGUGUUCACGUCACACAGACUGCGCGCGUUGCACGCACUCACCGCGGACUCGUGCAACCACCUCGUGCACAGAAUAUACAAUGAAAUACAACAAAACAAAUAUACAGAUCUGAGAGUAUUAUUUGCAGACUUCACGACAGAUAUAACGGGAUGCGCGUCAUUCGGUCUGUCGGGGUCGGCGACGCUGACGGGGCACAGCGCAAUGCGCCGCGUCACGCAACACUUCAUGGGGUACAGCGCGCUGCGCGGACUCUGCUGGUCCAGCAUCUUCUUCUGUCCGCAGCUGGUCGACAUCUUUGGAUUUUCCCUAUUCCCUGAAAGCGCAACAAAAUAUUUCAGGGAAAUAUUUCGUACAGUCGUUGAAAAACGCGGCGGAUACGACAGAAAAAUUGAUGAGCCCAGAGAUUUAUUGGACGCUCUUCUUAAAAUACGACAGGAAAGCCUCAAUGAUAAAGAAGAAAUUUCGGAGGACGUAUUGAUUGCUCAGGCGGCGAUAUUCGUGGAAGGAGGUUUUGACACAUCUGCUGCAGCUAUGACGUAUACUAUUUAUGAAUUAGCAUUUCAUCCAGAAAUACAGAACAAAAUGUACGAAGAAAUUUUAGAAGCAAAAAAUCAAUACGGAGUAGAAGGACUCGACGCAAAUGUUCUCUCUGACUUGAAAUAUUUCAAUUGCGUCAUCAAAGAAGUUACAAGAAAAUAUAGUUCAAUGGGAUGGCUGGACAGGAUCGCGUCACAGGAUUACAAGAUAGAUGAGAAUCUGACGAUAGCCGCAGGCACGCCCGUGUAUGUUAACGCAAUCGGCAUGCAUUACGAUCCAGAUUAUUUCCCCAAUCCUAGUAAAUUCAAUCCAGAUCGUUUUCUGCCAGAAAAUGAAAAGAACAUAAAACCUUUCACAUUUAUGCCGUUCGGUGAAGGACCAAGAAGUUGUAUAGGUAAACGCUUCGGUCUGCAAACGAUGAGAUACGGUCUGGCGCAUGUGUUACUCCACUAUGAGGUGCGGCCGGUGCCCGGCGCGCCGACGCCCUCCCGCGCUAAGAUUGACAAGAGGGGCAUGUUUCUGAUGCCCGGCGAACCGCUCUACGUUCACUACAUACCGAGAUGUGACAAAUAA